UCGUCCAACGACUAAGAGAGAGAUUUUUUUUUUUUUUAAAAGGAAGAAGAGCAAUGGCGAGCAGCGGGCAAGAGGCGCCGCCGUACAAGCCGUACCGGCAGCUGAAGAUCCUACGGGGGCACGAGCGCGCCGUGUCGUGCGUGAAAUUCUCUAACGACGGCACCCUCCUCGCCUCCGCCUCCCUCGACAAGACCGUCGUGAUCUGGUCCUCCGCCACCCUCUCCCUCCUCCACCGCCUCGUCGGCCACUCCGAGGGCGUCUCCGACGUAGCCUGGUCCUCCGACUCCCACUACAUCUGCACCGCCUCCGACGACCGCACUCUCCGCAUCUGGGACGCCCGCUCCCCCGGCGGCGAGUGCGUCAAGACCCUCCGCGGCCACUCCAACUUCGUUUUCUGCGUCAACUUCAACUCCCAAUCCAAUCUCAUCGUCUCCGGUUCCUUCGACGACACCAUUCGCGUUUGGGAAGUCAAGACCGGUAAGUGCCUCCACACGAUUAGGGCUCACUCCAUGCCCGUCACCUCCGUCCACUUCAACCGCGACGGCUCCCUCAUCGUCUCCGGCAGCCACGACGGCUCUUGCAAGAUUUGGGACACCGCCUCCGGGACCUGCCUCAAGACUCUCAUCGACGACAAGGUCCCUGCUGUUUCCUUCGCUAAGUUCUCUCCCAACGGCAAGUUCAUUCUCGUCGCCACUCUCAACGACACUCUCAAGCUGUGGAACUACUCAACCGGGAGGUUUUUGAAAGUGUACGCCGGUCAUGUUAACAAGGAAUACUGCAUAACAUCCACAUUUUCCGUGACAAAUGGGAAAUACAUUGUUAGCGGAUCGGAGGACCGUUGUGUUUACUUGUGGGAUCUCCAGCAUAAAAAUAUGGUUCAGAAACUUGAAGGCCACACUGGUACUGUCAUCUCCGUUUCCUGUCACCCUACUGAGAACAAAAUUGCCUCUGCAGGCCUCGACAAUGAUAUAUCUGUGAGGAUUUGGGUUCAAGAUGCCUGAGUCAUUAAGACAUUGUAGCAUUUGCGCUUGUACAUUAUCGUUCAAGAUGCCUGAGUCACUGGAAAUUAAGCGUUUGCGCUUGUACAUUAUCGUUUCGAAUCAUUGAGCUAAUGAUUGAUGCAUCUUGGCUUACUACUUGAGAAGCCUAGGGAUUCUUAAAUCUUUAAGGUGCAUUGGAAGAAAGCGCAAAAAGAAAAAAAAAAAAAAAAAGAAGCUUUGAUUGAAUAUUUGCAAUCUACAUGUUACUUAUGCGCUUCUUUGCUGUGCAGUAUACUUUGUUUAACAUAUGUUCUAUUGGCAGAAUAUUUUGUGUCCGUAUGGUUUUCUUUAGAGGUUUACAUGGGUUAUAUUGUUUUUUAAGAUAAGUCCCAACUGCUUUAGGAGAAAAAUAAUGAAAUCAUCAUUGUGCUGUAACACGUUUACAACGAAGAUCCAUGCUCUGCAACUGCUAUUUUCUGUUAUGUUGAGAUACAGAGAUGGAACAAAAUCGCGACUAAAGCUCUUGCAGUUACUUUGAGCUGAUGAAUAGUUCUAUUCCCAGUUUGAGCUGAUGAAUUGACAACACCCGCAGGCAAAUGUUGAGCAGGUGUGUGUUGGCAAAUUAAACUACAAGUAUGUACAAAUUAGGAUUUAGUGUUUUCUUGAAAUAAGAAUGUUGAUGCAUUCACAAAUACAGAAGAGUUCGUAGCCAAAGUGUAACUAAGAAAUUUAUUUCCGUAUUUCUUAUUUGGAUUUGACAUGCACGAACUGUUUUCACUUAUUCUCAUCACAUGUGAAAAUAACAUUCUACAACUUGUUCA